CAUGUUGAUACCUCUACUCACAAAUGUGGCCACACACUGGAUCUUCUCAUAACCAAUCACCUUCCUCUAAAUAACCUGCAGAUCUCAGACCUUGGCUUCUCUGACCACAUGGCUGUGUCGGCAGAUCUGGCAUUUCUCCCACCUCCAAGAAACUGCAAACGUGUCAUUCAUUUCCGAAACAUUAAAUCAGUUGACACAGUGCAGUUUGCCCAGCAUCUCCAGACUACAGCCUCUCCUCCUAUUGGUUUAUCUGCCGAGGAAUCUGUCUCCCACUACAACGAGCUUCUGGGUAACACACUCAACCAGUUCGCUCCCCUCAAAUCACGCACUGUAUCCUUCUCUCGCUCUGCCCCCUGGUACACCCCUGAACUACGAAAAAUGAAGUCGGCUGGACGUAAGCUUGAACGCCUAUGUCGGUCUACAUGUCUCCCUGUUCACAAGAUCGCCUUCCAUGAACAUCAGAGGGCAUACUCGCUAGCACUAAAAAAUACGCGGUCAUCUUUCCUCUCCAACCUCAUUGACCGUGACGCUGGCAACCCCAGGCACCUUUUCUCUACAAUUAACCACCUCCUAAAACCAGCAUCUCAAUCCCCUAUUGAAGCAUCUGAGUCACAGUGCAACAAUUUCAUUAAGUUCUUCAAGAACAAAAUAAACAAUAUUAGAGCUCUCAUAUCCUCAUCGCCCGUCCUCUCAUCCCCCCUUCCUACCCCUCCCCCGCCAUCUACAUCCUCAACUUUCACUUCUUUCUCUGACAUCACCCCCCAUGAUAUUGAAGAAAUCAUUACCAAAAUGAAACCUUCUACCUGCCCACUCGACCCCAUUCCCACUACUCUGCUGAAAACCUCCAUCGCUGCCCUCUGUCCUCUCAUCGCAAGCUUAAUUAACAUCUCUCUCUGCAAUGGUAGUGUUCCUUCCUCACUAAAAACUGCAGUCAUCACCCCCCUCCUAAAAAAACCCAGCCUCGACCCCGAAGUCCUCCUGAACUAUAGACCCAUCUCCAACCUCCCGUUCCUGUCCAAAGUCCUGGAAAAAGUGGUUGCUGCCCAGCUUCAACUCCAUCUCACCUCCAACAGUUUAUAUUGUGGCAGACGGCAGGGAGAGGUGAGGGGAGUGGUAAUUGAGGGCAGAUACGUUGCCGCCCGCUGGCUCCACCCCCGAGCCUUAUAUGGACUUCCUGGCCCAACGAGGCAAGCCUGGGCCUAAUUAAGCCAUUAAGGGCAGAGGGAUAAAAGGGGAAGCGGAGUGCACGAACGGCGCAAAGUACCGUGAGGGAAACGCGUGUUGUGGAGAGUAAGAGAGAGCGAAAAAUAUCUGUGUGAUUACCUGUUUUGACCCGGACUGUUUGACUAACCCCGCUGUGUACCGAACUGUUUUGGCUGAGGACCUGGUUUUUGGAUAUCCCUGGAUUACGGAAAAGGACAACGAGAACGGAUUGUGGACUUUGGAUUGGUUGCUGAAUUUCCCCUUCCCCUCCUUGUGUAAAUUUUCCCUAAAUAAAUCCCCCAAUUUCACUCCA